UAACCUCAAACUCCAUCCACAGCACGUUGAUGCUAUAAAUUAAACAAACUUCCAUAUUCAUUCUACCCUUAGCUUAACCACACCCAACCCAUAAUACAUCCAAACUAUAAUUUCAUGCCUUGGAGUUUCAAGGGGCUCUUCCCCAAAAAGAAGCUAUUGAAGCUCUUCUCCACCACUAUCCCCUUCAAGCUUCGUAGCCUCAACAGAUCCAAAGUCAUCAAGAAGCCAAAUAAGGCCUCUUUGUUCCCCAAAACUACCAAGAAAGGUGGUUCAGGCUGGAAAAAGAAAACCCGGGGAAAGCGCAACAAGUUCAUUUGGUUCUUACCCAUUGGCAAAAGACCCAAAUUUCUCAAGAAGCGGCCCGCGCCCGUUUAUAUCGACCAGCUAUUUGUAGGCCCCGGGCCUACUCAGGUUACGGGAUCGAUGAAAUCCGCGACAAAGUUCAAGGAAGCUGAGGUCGUUGCUCCUGAUCAAGAAAUAUGCAUGGCUGUUGCUUCUAGUAGUAGCAUCAGGCACUAUGAUGUUGACAAAAGACCAGCCGAGGCCGAUGAUAUGUGGGAAGCCGUUGUACUGGCAGAACCGGAGAUGCACAGAAUAGACGAGAGAGCAGAGGAGUUCAUAUCCAGAUUCCAUGCCGAGAUUAAGCGCCAGAAGACUUCUAAUGAGCACUUGUAGGCUUGUAGCUGUUAUUUGAUCUCCUACCAACAGGAUUUAACGUAGGAGAGUUGUGUACAUGGUUUAUAUUGUUUGCCACUUCUUAUUGCAAAAUGCAAUUCUCUUUCAAGUACUUUUUCACUAUACCAUGUCAGAUAUUAUCUUUCUCCAAUUAAAAUUGGACAAGAUUUUGGCACAAA